AUCGGACCGCGCGGGACAACAGCAGCCGUCCCCGAGCGAUAGAGCAGAUCGGCAUAUCCCAUAUCUGCAACGGUGGCUUUUCUCCGGCGGGUUCUUGCCUGUGUUGCGGCUUACGGUUACUCGGGUCGCCUGGUGAUCGUCGUUUGUUCGUUCAAGAUGGCGGCGAUAAUUUGGCUUUUCGCAGUCGCCACGAUGAGCGUCGCCGAUGGAGGAUCCGUGGUUUACGUGGAGCCUGAACAGGUUCACCUGUCCUACGGAGCGCUUCCUACACAGAUGCUGGUCACCUGGACAACUUUCGACCCCACCAACGAUUCCGUGGUGGAGUUCGGCGAGGGCGGCUUGGAUAGACAAGCCACGGGCCAAAGCACCAAGUUCUACGACGGCGGCUCCGAGCGCAGGCUCAUCUAUAUUCACAGGGUCCUGCUGGAAGACCUCACGCCAGGAGCGUUUUACGUGUACCACUGUGGUUCUCUGAUGGGUUGGAGUCCCACCUUCUGGUUCCGGGCGAAGAACGCCAGCACCGGUUGGAGUCCCCGGCUGGCCGUGUUCGGGGAUAUGGGCAACGUGAACGCCCAGUCGCUGCCUUUCCUGCAGGAGGAGGCCCAGAAAGGAACCAUCGAUGCAGCCCUGCACGUUGGUGACUUCGCUUACAACAUGGAUUCGGACAACGCCCGGGUCGGGGACGAGUUCAUGCGCCAGAUCGAGCCGGUGGCAGCCUACGUGCCAUACAUGACCUGCGUCGGCAACCACGAGAACGCCUACAACUUCUCCAACUACGUCAACAGGUUUUCCAUGAUCGACAACACCGGGCGAGUCAACAACCACUUCUUCAGUUUUGACAUCGGGCCAGCACACAUCAUCAGCUUGUCGACUGAAUUUUAUUUCUUCGUUGAAUACGGAUUCCUGCAGAUAAAGAAUCAGUAUGAAUGGCUGGAACAAGACCUCAAGGAGGCCACGCGUCCCGAGCGGCGCCGCGAGAGGCCCUGGAUCAUCACCAUGGGACACCGGCCCAUGUACUGCAGUAACAACGACCGAGACGACUGCACCAUGAACGAGAGCAUCGUGCGUAAAGGAAUCCCCUUGGUCCACCUGUACGGGCUCGAAGAUCUGUUUUACAAAUAUGGAGUGGAUCUGCAAUUCUGGGCUCACGAGCACUCGUACGAGCGGCUUUGGCCAGUCUACGACCGCCAGGUCUACAACGGCAGCACUGAAAAUCCGUACACGAACCCUGGAGCACCGGUGCAUAUUAUUACGGGAUCAGCUGGCUGCCAAGAGAAGCUGGACCCGUUCGUGAAAAACCCGGCGGAAUGGAGCGCCGCACGUUUCUCUGACUAUGGCUACACAGUGAUGACGCUGCACAACGGCACCCAUCUGAACCUGCAGCAGUUUUCCGUGGAAAAUGGACUCCAGCUCUUGGACGAAAUCACGAUCGUCAAGGAGAGCCAUGGAGCCUACCCCAGUUUCCAUCGCGGGACCAGAGAGUGACCUUCGUUCUAACUUGCAUUGACCACGGCUUGCGAUGGAAGCAACCUACGAACAGUUAUGACUGGACCUCAAGAGAAAUCUGACACUCAACUAAUUUCUGUAGAAAUGCGAUAACAUGAAAGCUUAUUUUCUUCAAUAUAUUAGGUUGGGUCACGUAUCUAAUCAUGCCUAAAUGCAAGAAUGACGAACGUCGCAGCGCUAGCCACGCAAGAGCCCUAACUCGCACAUGCUACUUUAAUGCAGUGUGAUGGAUAGUUGCGCUAGUUUGUAUUUUAUUAUUUGAAGCUAGAGCGCAGGACCACGCCAGUCGAAGAAGGUGACAUAAACAAGCGUUCAUAAUGUAAUGACGUGAAAGUUACUAUGACGAUAAGAGCACCAGCAGUCUCAUGACCAAUCAGUGAAAGCACCGGGUAACUACGACUCGCGGCAGAACAAUUUUAAGAAGAUAAUUUUCUGUCGCCACCUUUCCCGUCGUGUACUGCUUUCCAGGAGCACUCCAUGAACGCACACCAUGUUCGGUGCUCUCGGUCCGGACCCAAAGACCCGAAGCUCAUCUCCUUAGUACAUUAAAACUUCA